CAUUUGCACCCACUGUCACUCCUAAUGCAGCUCGCAACUGUACACAGCUGAGUAGGGAAUUCAUAUAUUUUAAUAAAAAAUAGUAAAGUUGCACUAUUUUAUUAACAAGUGCACGUCGUCCUAAAAAAACAUCAUGCGCCGUCAGUUUUUUUGGAAGGUUUCUGUAUCAUUACUGCUAAUAUUGGCUCACAUAUCAGUUCAAGCAAAAAAACAAAAGACAUCAGUUAUUACAGGAAUAGAUGAAAUAAAAGAAUUUAAAAAGUUACUUAGGACUAAGACAAACAUUUUGAUAAUGUUUGUAAAUACACUUAAGCAGUCUCAGAGUGUUACGGAUGUGUUCAAGGAGACUGCAGAUAUGAUGAAGGGGCAGGCGACACUAGUUAUUGUUGAUUGUAGUACUAGUGAAGGCAAGAAAUUAUGUAAAAAAUUAAAAAUAUCACCUGACAAACCAUACACUAUAAAACACUACAAAGAUGGAGAGUUCCACAAAGAUUAUGACCGGAGUGAAUCAGUUAGUUCCAUGACUAACUUUCUCCGGGACCCUACUGGAGACCUGCCUUGGGAAGAAGACCCGGAGGCCGCUGACAUUUACCAUUUGCAAGAUGGAGAGGCAUUAACGAAAUUUUUGAAAAAAGGCGCUGCGGCUUACAAAAAAUGUUUGAUAAUGUUUUACGCCCCUUGGUGUGGUUACUGCAAAAGUAUGAAACCAGACUACGUGUCGGCAGCCGGAGAUUUGAGGGGUGAAGCUCUACUGGCCGCGAUCGACGUGGCCAAGCCCGGCAACGCUAAGAUCAGACAGCUGUACAACAUCACUGGUUUCCCCACCUUGCUGUAUUAUGAAAAGGGGCAGCUGAAAUUUCCGUACAACGGCGAGAACAAGAGGCAGGCGAUCGUGGAUUUCAUGAGGGACCCGUCAUCGCAGCUCAAACAGAAGAAACCUGAGGCCGCCGCCGACGAGAGCUGGUCCGAGGACUCCGACGUUGUACAUUUGACAGAGGCCAACUUCAAGUCCGUGUUGUCGGCGGCCGAGCAUGCGCUGGUGGUAUUCUACGCUCCUUGGUGCGGUCACUGUAAACGCAUCAAACCAGAGUUCGAGAAAGCUGCCACUAAGAUAAAGUCAGACCAGAUAAACGGUAUACUGGCCGCCGUGGACGCGACGAAGCAACCGGAGCUGGCGUCGGCCUACGGCGUGAAAGGCUACCCCACACUCAAGUACUUCCACAACGGCGAGUACAAGUUCGACGCCGGCCACGCCAGGCAGGAGGACCAGAUUAUUAGCUUUAUUAAGGACCCGAAGGAGCCGCCGCCGCCGCCGGCGCCCGAGCGGCCGUGGGCCGAGGAGGAGUCCCCGGUGCGUCACCUCGACGCCGCCACCUUCCGCACCACGCUUCGGAAGGUCAAACACGCGAUCAUCAUGUUCUACGCUCCAUGGUGCGGGCACUGUAAGAGCACGAAGCCCGAGUUCGUGAAGGCGGCCACUCGGUUCGCGGACGAGUUGAUGGUGCUGUUCGGCGCGGUGGACUGCACGGUGGAGGCCAAGCUGUGCGGCGAGUACUCCGUACGCGGAUACCCCACCCUCAAGUACUUCAGCCACUUCGACCGCCGCGUCCAGGACUACACCGGGGGCCGACAGGAGGCGGACUUCGUUUCAUACAUCCACACCGCGAUGGGCGAGACGGCCCAGAAGGCGGCGGCGUCGCCGCAGGCGGCCGGCUUCGGCGGCAGCGUUACGCUCGCCUUCGACGCGGACUUCGAAACCACGAUCGGAUCCAGCAAACCGGUUUUCGUCAUGUUCCAUGCCAUAUGGUGCGAUCACUGCGUCGCUGCGAAACCGGCUUUCAGUAAACUAGCGACGGCUCUAAAGACAGAAAACUCUCCAAUAACAGCAGUCGCGGUAGAGGCCGACAAGAACCCGAAAGCCGUGGACCUCGCCGGCAUACAAACGUUGCCCACCUUUAAAAUAUUCGCCGACGGCAAGCUCAUAGCCGACUACGAGGGGGACCGCACCGUCGAAGACAUGUUGAAAUUCUGCAAGUCCCAUGCCAAAGUAAAGGACGAGUUGUGAUCGUUGUGAUAUUACACACUCUUUUUACUGCAAGUCAUGGUGCAGUAUCACUUGGAUCAAUACUAUUCCUUAUACUUAUUUAUCGUUAGUAACAUUUUGUCAUUAGUGAGCGAUGAAAUUAUGUUAGUACUCGCUUUUGUUGUUGAUGACGUCCUGUAACCGGUCUUAUGUUUUAGAAAUUUUAACACAGACAUAGUGCAUAUUGAAUUUUUUCAUCACAC